GGUUUCCACAAUUUGAACUUGUGACUCCAAUCACAUGAACAACCUUAUGGUUGCUAUCAUGGCUACCUUUAAAUGUCUUAAAUGAUAUUUAAAUGUGUUUGUUUAUAAUAGUUUAGUGACAUGCUCUUUUUUGUAGAUUGAUAGCCUUGAUUUGCAAGGUUAUGCAUUUGCUAGCUAAAAUUAUGGAUUGUGGUUAGUGAGAUUGAUUGGCAUGAUUUAUGAUGAUUGAUUUUUGUUAAUAUUUUCCUUUUGGUUUUGACUAUUUUCCUUUUGUAUGAAAUGGAGGAGUUUUUAUCUUGUUAUGCACACACACAUUUCUGUAGUGAAGGAGCUCUUCGUCUUGGUUGUUGGCAGACUUGUAUCUCCACUCGUCCCUCAAAAUCAAACUUGUCCUCAAGUUGCAACUUAGGGUAUAGGAUUGUAAAUUGCUUGUAAUCUUGCCAAGUGGCUUCCUUUAGGAUAGCCUUUACCACUGCACCAAUUUUUGCAGCCUCUUUUGUUCCUUGUCAGUGACUGUCCGAUUGUUGAUGACUGUUAGAGGCUUAAUCAAUGAUUGGUUUCCUUAACAAGCUUUGGGUAAUGGUUGGCUUUGAACAACAGUCAAGGGUCCUUUUAAAGGCUUGAGUGAGGAGACAUGAAAUAUCAGGUGGAUUUUUGAAUUCAUAGGCAGAUUCAAUCUGUAAGUGUAAGCUAUCAUUCCAAUCUCUUAAGAACCUGAUAGGCCCAUGGUACCUUGGGCUCAGCUUGUUUUGAUUUCUGUGAUCAAGGGGCAUUGCCUAUAGGGCUGCAACUUCUCCCGCACCCAGUCUCCCUCUUGAAAGCUGACCUCCCUUUCGCUUUUGUCAUACUGCUCUUUCAUGUGCUGGUGGGCCUUGGCCAAAUGAAUCUUCAAACACUUAAGUAGUCCAGUCCUUUGUAAAAGGAAGUGCUUGACCGCUUCCACUGAAGUCCCAUGGCUGAUGUAGUCUAAUAUUCAUGGGAGAAUUCUACCUACCAAAGCCUGAUAAGGAAUCUUUUUUACAGAAGAAUGAUUUGAGGUGUUGUACCAAAGCUCAACCGAAGGUAGGAGCUUCACCCCCAGCCCUAGCUUGUCAACUGCAUAGGAUCUAAGUUAGUCUUCAAAAACCUUGUUAGUCAACUUUGUUUGGCCAUUUGAUUGAGGAUGAUAAGCUGUAGUGCAGCUUCGUGCAAUGCUCCUUGAAUAGUGCUUGCCAAAAUUUGCUAAGGAAGAGAGGGUUGGGUCUCUAUAUUAGACAAUGCUCUUUAGGGGAAAUGGAUCUUUACCACCAUUUGAAUGAACAAUUGGGCUACCUUCUCAGCUGUAUAGCGUUGAGUUAGUGCACCAAAAUGGGCACACUUAUGCCAUCUGUCCACAACUACUAAGAUUGCACAAUGCUCCUGAGUCCUUUGCAACCCCACUAUAAAGUCCAUGGUAAAGACUUUCAAAUACAUGUUGAGUAUGACCCCCUUGUUUCUCAGUAGAAUACUUCACUUUUGGGCAAAUGACACAUUCCUGCACAUAUUGCUUCACAUUCUUCAUAAUGUUAUUCUGAAGUAUCAGACUUUUAAGUUGAGAAUCUGGAGCCACCAACAGCUUUCCUUUGUAGCAUAAGAGUCCAUUCUUGACUCGCUAUUUUUCAGUGGACAAUCCUCCUUGCUGCAACCUAUUGUGUAGCUCCUUAAGCUCCUGAUUUUGUUGGGUCUCCUCUUGUAUUUGCCACAUAAGGUCACUAGUUGGCCUAGAAAGGGCCAUCAUCAUGGCUUAUGGUGUUAGUCCCCUUAUCUCCCUACAGCUGAGUAGUGUCUUGUCUGGAUAGGGAUCUACCACCAGGUUAGUUUUCCCAGGCUUAUGCACAAUCGUAUAGUCAAACUACCCGUACUUGUGUAAUACACACUCUUAGCAUGUGUUACUAUUUUAUUUCAUUUGGAGGCUCUAGAUUUGUUUAAUCUAAGGGCCAGGAUUUCUAGGCUACUAAAACCCUAGAAUAUAUAUUAUGUUUAGUCUCUUUUAGUUGGCCUAUUAUUUUAUAAUAAAAAAUUAUCAGAGGGUUUUUACAAAAACCCUAACCCUUUGUUCAUUCUGCCUCAAUCAUUCUCUAUUGAAGCCUUCUUCAUUGUUAGUUUGCUGCUGUUGUUGUUUUUUUUUCUUUUCACAUACUGCAUCAUCUUUGCUUCGUAAGUAUGGCUUUCAAAUGGUUCUGAAGCAGGAAAGAUUACCAAUAAAGGCGUCUUCAUUAGAAAGGACUAUGCUGUAUCUAGUAUGUUCAAACUUAAUACCUAUUUCUGCUUAAAUUGUUGAACCUUUUGAUACUUGACAUGAUAGACUUGGUUGUGUCAAUUAAACACCAUAAAGCUAGCUAAGCAAGGGUUGAUGAAUACAUUGCAUAUAGUGAAUAUCCACUGACCGAAACUUCAUUCAAAAGUGUUAUAUAUUCUACCAAACUUUAUUUAAUUCAUAGCCAUUGGAUGUUUGCCAUGGCCACUGGCUACGGCCAUGGGUUCCCUAGUGGCCAUGGCUGGCAGCCACAAGGGCUUUUCUGUUAACAGAGAGUGGAGAGGAGAAAGAAAAAAAUGGAUUCAAAAGUUGAGGGCAAAAUGGUAUUUUUAUUUCUUUUUUUUUUUUUUAAAUAAUAGAGGGUUCUUUGUCAUUUAUCAAUGUGAAGGGUUUCCAUGUCUUUUCACUAAACCUUAGGGGUGCUUUCUGUAAUUUACCCUAGAAAAAAAGUUAUGUUCAUGCAUGAAGAUAGAUGAUUAAAAAUCAUGCCACAACAUAAAUAGUAUAUGAUAAAAUAUAUUCUAUAUCUCCUUAUUUAUCUUGUAUUUAUCUAUCUUGUACUUUAUCUUUAUCUUAUUUCUUUCUUGAUUAGGUUUAUUUGUAUUUUCUUUGUUGUAAUCUAGUCCUAUAAAAUAGGAAUGUAAUCUCUAAAAUCUAGGAGAAUUCUUUAGAGAAUUCUUAGGAAACUCUUGUAUAAAUAUUUUUCAUUCAUAUCAAUAAAAUACAUGGGAAUACUGCUUCCCUUCCUCCUUUUCUACAUGGUAUCAGAGCCUCGUUAAUAGGUUGAUACAGUAAACCCUAGUGCCUUCAUUGCACAGCUUCAAGUGCCUUCAUUGCACCGUCACUGUUCACGUAGAAACGCUUCUGUUCGGCCACCGCCUUCCAGCACUGACACCACUAUUAGGUUCGUCGUCAUCAGGUUGGCCGACCACCGGAGAACCACCGCCAUCAGAGUUCACACGCGCCGCUGUCAGUUCACUUCCAGCUCCACGAGCCGGUGUGUGAAGCAGCAUCCGCAGCCCUUACACCUCCGGCUGCUCCAGAUCUGAUCUCCAGCGUCUCUCUAGCCCAUCACUGGUGUCAAAAUCUUCCAUUGCUGAGUGCUUCCGUUGCUGGUGUCAAACUGUCGAUACUGUUGCUGUCUUAUUUUUCUUUCUACCGAUACUGUUGCUGAGUCUUCACCAUGAUAGACACUUCUGAGACAAAGAACGGUGUUACAUCUGACAUGCCAAUGGGGAGUUUGUCUAACAGUGACCUUCCAGGGUUACAUCAGUCUUAUAGGCUUGAUGGAAGGAACUACUUACAAUGGGCGCAGCUUGUACGGACUUUCUUGAAAGGAAGAGGAAAGAUGGCCCAUAUGACCGAGCCUAGUCUAGAUGCUAAAGACCCUAAUUUUGCUGCAUGGGAAGUCGAGGAUUCCUUGAUAAUGUCAUGGCAUGGGGCUCAAUGCACCCUGUGGUAAGUAAAAAUUGCAUGUUCUUGUCUACAGCUGAGGAGAUUUGGGAUACUGCAAAGCGUACUUAUUCCAAAGUGGAAGAUGCCUUGGUUAUUUUUGAUAUCAAGAUGAAAAUAAGUGGUACUAAAUAAGGUUCUCUAACUAUCACCGAGUACUCUAAUAAAAUGAAUGGAUAUUGGCUUGAGUUGGAUCAUUAUCAAGAUAUCAAGAUGAAAUGUAGUGAGGAUGCAGCCACCAUAAUUGCAAUAUUUGAAAGAGAUAGGGUAGUUAAAUUUUUAGUAGGCCUUAAUGCUGAUUUUGAUCAAGUAAGGGUGUAGGUCCUAGGGAAAGACAAAAUUCCUUCUUUAAAUGAAGUCUUUGCUAUUGUUCGUAGUGAGGAGCAGUGAACAAAAACACGGCCUAGGCGGCCGCUGGCCGCCGCGAUUAUGGCCAAAUCGGCCACCUUAGGCGUCGACCCGGCUAAUCGGUAUCAGGCGGUGCCUAGGCGGCCAAGGCGGAUGCCUAGCCGCAUGAAUCGCCUGGCCAAGGCGGCCAAAUCGGCCGCCUGGGCCAUGUGAAGCAUUUAGUAUAAAUUGAUUAGGGUUUUGUUUCCUUACCCGUCACCCCUUUCUCUCAUCGAUUUCCCCUUCUCUCUCGCGCGCACAACCACCGACAGUCUAUUGCUAAAUCGUCGUCGCCUCUCUCAUGCUAGCACGCCGCCACCGUCGCUUGUAGUUGCAGAGUCGCCGUCGGCCCGUCACCACCGUCUCGUGCUUGCACACCACCACGCCACACUCUGGUUGUCUCUUGCUCUUGCAGCUUCAUCUUCUUCAAUCUUCGCUCACCCUCCCGGCCUCUGCCUCCUUCGGUAAGUAGUAGCCAACAAUAAGCAAGCAGCAGUGUUGUAGCUAGCAAUAAGCAAGCAGCAGCAACGCUGCUGCUUGCUGUUGCCUCUCCCCCUUUUGUUUUCUUUUUAUUUUUCUGUUAUUUAAUUUAGUAUUUAUAUUCAUAUUUGAUUAUUUGUUAUUCAAAUAUUUAUUAAUUAUUAUUAUUAAUGUAUUUAAAAAAUUAAUAUUUGCAACUUGCAAGCAAGCAACAAAUGUAGCAAGCUGCCUUUGUUGCUGUUUGGGCUAUUGUUAGUUUUUGGCUUUGUUUGUUAGCUAGUUAGCCUAAUUGUCUAUUUUAAUUCAAUCAUUCAAUGUCAAUUUACUCAGGAAAAAAAAGAAGAAAAAAGGAAGUCAUGUCGGAUGGAAUUGGGAGUAUGGAAGCAUCGUCCGAUGCCUCCUCAGUUCUUAAAAGAAAAUCAAAUGAUGUCAGAUGUGAGUAUGGAAUGUUAAUUAAUGCAAAGAAUAUGGAUAAAGUUAAAUGCAAGUUGUGUGGUAAAGUUAUGUCUAGAGGAGUUUACAGAGUCAAAGAACACAUCGGCCACAUUUUCGGAAAUGUUUCUGCAUGUCCAAAAUCUUCUCCGAAUGAUAAAGCUAAAUGCAAGAAUGCUAUUGUUGAGGCAAAGAGUAAGAAGAAGAAUAAGAAGCAAGAGGAAGAUAUGAUGAGAUCCUCGGUUAAUAUUUCUAACAAGGGGAAAGGGGUGGAUGAUGAAGAUGAAUUCGAAGAGUUAGGGAGUAGAAAAGCAGCUCGUACUCUUGGCCCUAUAGAUAAGUUUGCAAUCUCCAUUAGUCCUGAAAUUUGUUUGAGUUCGAGAAUGACGCAAAGGCAGCAAAAUAUUAGUGAAGCAUUGUUUAAAGAGAGAACACAGACUGUACAAGGAUAUUGUGCUAGAUGGGUGUAUGAAGCUGGUAUACCUUUCAAUGCUAUUGAUCAUGAUAGCUUUAAAUUGUUUGUUGAGGCGAUUGGUCAAUUUGGGCCGAGGUUCAAACCUCCUAGUCAAUACCAGUUGAGGGAACCGUUAUUAAAGGAAGAGGUUGACAGAAUGAAAGACUUACUGAAGAAGCAUGAAGAAGAGUGGGCACAAAAUGGGUGCUCUAUUAUGACAGACGCUUGGACAGACAGAAAAAGGAGCAUCAUGAACCUAUGUGUUAAUUCUAGCAUGGGUACUGCUUUUCUUUCUUCAAAAGAAACAUCAGACGAAGCACAUACAAGUGAACUCAUAUUUGAGUAUGUGGACAAGUGCAUUGAGCAAGUUGGGCCACAAAAUGUCGUCCAAGUAGUAACCGACAAUGCUGCCAACUGUUAGUGUAGGUGCUUUAGACUCAAUCAGAUUGGACAUGUUGUACACUGACAAUUAUAAUCAUGUUAUUUGAAUAAGGAGUUGUUUAAAUUCACAAGAAGUCAUUCUGUUAGUUUCUUGUUAUUAUUGUAAUAACAAUGAAACUAGAUAAAAGUCCAUAUGAUGUAUACUGUGAUUAAUCUAUAAAGAUGUGAGAUGAUGCAUCACAGUUUCUAAACAUCAUUAAACGUCCCAAGUCGUAACAAUGUCAAGAAUGGACAUUGACAAUUGCGGUAAGACUUAUAUGUGCUAUGUUUUUGCUAUGUGAUAGCAAUGGGGAUCUUACACCCAUAGGCAUGGAGAUGUCUAGACACAUAGGUGACUAAUGUUGGAGAACGUGUCACUGGACAUGACUCGCCAUGAGAAUCCAUUUUGGUUAUAUGUUGAUGGAAUUCUCAUACGAGAUGGGUGUAACUAAUCCUUGGACCUGAGGUUGUCACGGUCAUCUCAUAAGAAGACCAGUAUGCUUUGACAUCGUUUUGAUGGGCUUAGACAAAGGCUGCACGUGGGUGAUCGUUGGGUAUAUCGUGAGGCUUAUGGAGAUGGGUGCAUAGCCAAGAUGAGAUUCGUCUAUUCCUUGAUAGAGGAUGAUGUAUCUAAGGCGCCUUCGGUGGAUAUUCACUUUAAAUCCAUGGCCAUGGUGAAAGAGAUCAAUAAGGAGUUAUUGAUUCACUUUCUAUUAAGUAAAGAUAUCCGGAUGAUCGAAGAAAAACUUAUGUGAUCAUAAUCAAGCAAUACAUUGCCAACUUAAGAUCACAUAGGAUACAUUGACGAGAGGAUCGUAUUACACGGUAACCAUGCUCGUGAAAGGUUAUUUGCGGAUUAUGAAUCAUUCUGAAUAAUUGGGUAGGCAUGAUGCCUGGCUAGAGGCCAAUCUUGUCUUAUGUGUUUGUACCGACACAUUGCCAACAUAUUCGGAAGCCUAAUGAGUCAUACGCAAUAGGCACGGUCCCUGGUUUAAACCAUGAGAGUGGACGUAUGGUUAAAUGUGACACUUCGGCAAGAAGUUGUGCCGUCGUAAGUUCUCACGGAAAAAGAACAAAUAGAUGUAAUGAUGUAGAUAUGACGAUGAGUCGUUAUAAUGGAAAGAGUUUCCUAAAAUGACAAUUGAUUAAAUUAGGAAGGAGUUUCUAAUUUAAUAAUUUUUUAUUUGUUGGAGUCCUAAAUAGGAAAUAAAAUAUAUUUGGGCUUAAGUUAAUAUUUGGACUAAAUUAGAUUUGGGCCAAAUAUUAAAUUAAAUAUUAUAUUUGGACUAAAUUGGAUUUGGGCCAAAUAUUAAAAUAAAUAUUAUAUUUGGACAAAAUUGGAUUUGGACCAAAUAUUAAAUAUUAUAUUUGGAACAAAUUAGAUUUGGGCUAAGUAUUAAAUAUUAUAUUUGGGCUUGAAUUAGAUUUAGGCCAAAAUAUUUUAUUUAAACCUAUAAAAGGAUUUGGGCCAUUUAAUUAUAUUUCUAGUUGGACUAGAAUACGCCUACUUAAGAUUCUAAUUAAAUUAGAAUUAAUGGACUUGCCCAAUCCAUUAGGGUUUUGGAAACCCUAGGAUAUUUCUCUAUAAAUAUUCCUUUAUAGGUUGCCCAAAAUAAUAGUGAGUUUUGGUGUCGUUUUUCAAGAGCUGUAAAACGUGUUGCCGUUCACUUUUCCCCGUUCCUUUUGGCGUCAAUUUGAAACGUGGGCGUUCCUUUCUGUCUAUACACAAGCCGCGAAAAGGAGAAGGAGUUAGCACUCCUAUUCCGCUCUCCUUGCGAACGGACGCUUGGAUGGCUCGAAUCCGCGAACGACUCGAUAAUCUAAAUGUUAGAUUUAUUUAUUUAUUUGUGAAUGAUUUAAUUUCGACGUUGAUCCAAUCGCUAGGAUCGGGGUGAGGUUCAAAAAUUUUUGAACUACGCUGCUUGCCCCAUUGCGAUCUUGCUUUACUUUCACCAACAAUAUGGGAGCGUCAAAAUUAUUGAAGCUGAAGAGGCCGAAUAUCUUUUGGACAUCAUGUGCUACUCACACCAUCAAUUUGAUGCUUGAAAGUAUUGGAAAAAUGCCAAGAUAUAAAAAAGUCAUUGAUCAGGCAGAGAGUUUGACAAUCUUCAUUUAUGCACACCAUAAGACCUUGUCCUUAAUGAGGUCAUUUAGGAAGAAGAGGGAUAUAGUGAGACCGAGAGUCAUUAGAUUUGCUUCUUCUUUUCUUACUUUACAGAGUUUGAUGGAGAAAAAAGGCCCGAUUGAGGUCAAUGUUUACCAGCUCUGAAUGGGAGUAGUGUAAAUGGUCAAAGAAUGUUAAAGGGAGAGCAGCAUAUGCUAUUGUGAUGAGCAUUGCUUUCUAGAAUGGUGUAACUUUAUGUCUUAAGGUUUUUGAACCUUUGGUGAAGGUGCUUCGAAUUGUUGAUGCAGAUAGAAAGCCUUCUAUGGGUUUUUUAUAUGGAGAGAUUAAGCAAGCAAAGGAAGAUAUUAAGGAAGCCCUAAAUAAUCUUGAGAAAAACUAUAAGCCUAUUAUAGAGAUUAUUGAAGUAGGGGUGAAAGAUAGGCUAGAUAGUCCAUUGCAUUCGGCGGCUUACCUUUUGAAUCCCUACUACCUUUUCAAGAAUAAGACUAUAUAUCUUGAUAAUGAAGUGAUGGAUGGGUUUUUUAAUUGUGUGGAGAUGUUUUAUCAUGGUGAUGAUCAUUUUGAAUUGCAAGGUCAUGUCAUAAAUAUUGAGUUGCCAAAGUAUACUCGUAAAGAGGGAGCUUUUGGAAAAGUGUGGGCAGCUCAAGGCUGUGCAAAAAAUGAUGACAAUUAUAAUCCAGGUAUAAAAUUCCUUUAAUCCUUUUCUUAGUUCCUAAUGUGUAUUAGUGUAUAAAUUUGUUUACUUUAUACUUAACUUAUGUAGUUACAUGGUGGAUGAUUUAUGGAAAUCAAACUCCAAACUUGCAACGAAUGGCAACAAGAAUGCUCUCGUUAACCAGUAGUUCAUUCGGUUGUGAAGGAAAUUGGAGCACUUUUGAAGGGAUAAAUACGAAGAAAAGAAAUAGACUGGAUGUGCAUCGAUUGAACAAUCUUGUCUAUGUCCAAUUUAAUGCAAAACUGAUGAACAAGCAAAAGAGGGAGAAGGAAAGGAAUGUUGAUGUGCUACUUGCUAGUGAUGCCAGCAAUGCACAUGGAUGGAUUGUUGAAGGAGGAGGUGAUGAAGAAAUUGAGCUUGGUACGGGGCUUAUUUGGGAAGUGAUUGGUGAAGCAUCCGGAGCAGACGAGAUGCUUCAACCUCGAAGAAGUUCUAGGAUGAGAGAGCUUUAUGAAGAUGAUUUUCAAUAAGAAGAAGAAGAAGAAGAUGAGCAAGAGCUCAAUGAAUUUGAUUUUGAGUCUGAUAAAGAUCAUGUAUU